GCGAGCGCGGGGUCAGGGGUGGGAGGCGGUCGCGGACAGGAGGUGACUGUGCAGUGGGCGGGGCGAGGGGCGGAGCGAGAAGCCGCUUUUGCGCCGAGGGUUGCCUUGCGUUGUGGGGUUCUGCCCGAGGUGACCGAGGAUGUGACUGGCCCGGCCGGCGGCGGCCAGCGGAGGAUGUUCUCCCUCCUGGGCGCGACGACCCUGAUGCUGGUUGCUGGAGCACCGUGGACUUUGCCCGCAGCCGCAGGGGGAACAAAUCUAAAAUCUCCUGAAAAUGUAGAGGUCCACAUCAUUGAUGAUACCUUCACCCUGAGGUGGAAUGGGAGCGAUCCAGCUGUCGGGAACGUGACUUUCUCAGCAGAUUAUCAAGUACCCAGAAAUGAUACUUGGCUAAAAUUGCCUGGGUGUCAAUCUGUUACCAGUACCAAAUGCAACUUUUCUUCACUCAAGCUAAAUGUUUACGAAAAAGUCAAAUUGCGUGUAAGAGCAGAAAAGGGAAACGAGACUUCUCCAUGGCAUAACGUUGACGCAUUCGCCCCAUUUGAAAAAGCUCAAAUUGGUCCUCCAAAAGUACAUUUAGAAGCCGAAGAUAAGGCAAUAAAAAUAAACAUCUCCCCACCUGGAGCAAAAGAUGGUGUCAUGUGGGCUCUGGAUCGUUCGAGUUUUACAUACAGCUUAGAUAUCUGGAAAAACUCUUCAAGUGCCGAAAUAAAGACUGAAACUGUUUAUCCCAGAGACAAAAUUUAUAAACUCUCACCAGAGACGACUUACUGUUUAAAAGUUAAAGCAAGACUUUUGCCGAGAAAAAUUGGUGCCUAUAGUCCAGUGUACUGUAUAAAGACCACAGUUGAAAAUAAGCUGCCUCCACCAGAAAACCUUCGAAUUGAUGCUAUAAAUGACAUCUGUGUUCUUAAGUGGGAUUACGCAUCUGAAAACAUGACUUUUCAAGCUCAGUGGCUCCAUGCCUAUUUUAAAAAGAUUCCUGGGAACAACUCAGGUAAAUGGAAACAAAUGCCAGGCUGUGAAAAUGUCAAAACUACCCAGUGUGCCAUUCCUCAAAAUACUUUCCAGAAAGGAAUUUACCUUAUCCGUGUUCAAGCAUCUGAUGGAAAUACCACAUCUGUUUGGUCUAAAGAAAAAAGAUUUGAUGCUCAGUUACAAAGUGUCCUCGUUCCUCCAACCAUUAACUUGAAACCCACGAAUGAUGUUUCCCUGCGGGUCUUUAUCGGCGCUCCAGAAGAGUCUGAAAACAAGUCUGUGAACCAGCAUUACUCACUAAUUUAUGAAAUCGUAUUUUGGGAAAACACUUCAAAUGCUGAGAGAAAAACUCUAGAGAAAAGAACUGACUUUACUUUUCCUAACUUGAAACCACUGACUGUAUAUUGUGUCAAAGCCAGAGCACUCACUGAGAAUGAAAGGAGCAGCGUUUUUAGUGAUCCUGUGUGCGAGAAAACAAAACCAGGAAGUACUUCCAAGACGUGGCUCAUAGCUGGGAUUUGUGCUGCCUUAUUGUCCAUCCCGGUCGUCACUUACGUUCUGAAACUAUUCCUGCGAUGUGUCCGUUAUGUGUUCUUCCCAUCAAGUAAACCUCCUUCCACGAUAGAUGAGUAUUUCUCUGAGCCGCCACUCCGGAACCUCCUCCUUUUCACUUCUGAAGAGCAAACUGAAAGGUGUUUUAUAAUCGAAAAUACAAACAUUAUCACCGCAGUAGAAGAAACUGAGCAAAUCGGUGAAGAUCACAAAAAAUACAAUUCCCAAACCAGUCAAGAUUCGGGCAAUUACUCGAACGAAGACGACAGCAACGACAGCAAAAGCGGCGAAGACUUCCCGCAACAGGAAGCCGAGUGACCGGAAGCGAGCACUACACCCUCCGGAAGUUGCGUGGGAGGCACGCCGGAAGUGCGAGCUGCGCCGCUCAGUCCCUCCACUCCGGCUUGCUGAGGAAGGAAAACAUCUCCGGGUCGUAGGUCCUAAAAUACAGGCAAGCACGUGACGGCGGUAUUUGCAAACGGAAGAACACAGAUCGGGACACACGUUCUCUGUAUUCUUUCCCACGUGUGGAGCCGUGACCGAGGGUGGUUAAUUGUGUUCCUGUCGGGUAACACGGUCACCGUGCUGCCUGUGGCCGCGCGUCACCCGUUCGUUCGCCAUCCUCCAUUCCCAGUGUGAUAGUUCAGGAUUUUUCGGGGAGCAAUUAGACACUCUUGUAGGCCCUUGGGAAAUUUCCUUAGAAAAGCCGGGUUCCGUUACCACUGGUUUUCUGGAAAACAGCUUAGUCCAGAAAACAUCUGCAGAUGCCAGGAAUGGGAUCCGUAACAUUUUCAGGGGACUUCUCUCCGGGUAUCCCCGAAACACUGGCUCUACAUCACAGUUACCUCUCCCUUCUGUGGUUGAGGCUUCAAAACAGGUCAUCUUUUGCUGGACAUUAACACUUGCCGAUUCAGAACUUAAUUCACAACUUAGUAGAACAGUAGCUUCUGAAUUCGCAGCCACCGAAGUUACAGAGAAAGGGCAAACUGUCUAGAGAAGUUAGGAUUUUUUUAGCAGAAGGAAGUAUGUAGAGGUGAGCCAGGUGUAUGCAGGAAGGCUUGAGACCAGAAUUUGCUACCGAUAGAGUAAGAAGUAGAAGAUAAUGCAGUAGGAGGAAAGCAGGUGACUUUAAUGAAAAAUAAGAGUAGUGUGUCUAAUCAACUUUUAAUUAUUAACGUGCCGUGUGGUCGCUUGUUGCUAGGCUCAUGUGCCAUUUUUUUUUUUUCCUUUCUCAGUUUUAUUGAGUUGUAAUUGACCUGUAACUUACCUGUGUCGUGUUUCAAACCCGGCCAGCUUCUCUGUGUCGUGUAGCUGUGUUCAGGCAUCCCUUCUGUUUCGUUUACGUGUGCUCAAGAAAAGGAAAAUGUAUUGCCGAGGUGAGGACGAAAACGUAACUGGAAGGAAAACCUAAUUUUAAGAAUUACAUGUUUUCCAAAGGCCACCUAGAGUUUAUAUUUAAACUAUUCACGGAGAUCCUUCCGUUAGGAAGGAAGUCUGGGAAUUUUGGUGGCCUCUGAAGGGAGAAGAGAUGGGAGUGACGUGGUGCGCUGGGACAUCCGUAACCUAAGGCCAGUAUUGUGUACGCGGUGGUCCCCACGGAAGUGACAGGUUCCUCCGUGGGGAAGAAAAGGUUGAAGGCGGCUGCCGUGGGGAAGGUGCACCUGCACGUCAUGCGCUCUCCGGGACCUGCCGUCCAGGCUGCUGGCAGAGCCCUGCAGGGGUCAGGAAGGCCCCGGAGCCCCUCUGAGACACAGGCCUGCGCUGGGGGGAUCCCUGAGGUGACCGGCACACAUUCGCCUUUUGAUCUUUCUGACCAGAGACAUUUCCUUGCAGGCAGACCUUCUGGGUUGGCCCUCUGUUUGUAGAGGUGAUAGGAACGUGUUCGGACACCCUGUCCCCCACCCUGUGGCUUUCAUGCCGAGCUGAUGGCGACGGUCCCGGCCAGCACCCAGGCCCUAGAUUGACCCCGGCAACAAAGCUGGGCCCUAUGAUGUGGCAGCGUGCGUCUUCACCUCUGUGGUGUUGGGUGAGCACAUGUGUCAGCAGCAGCAGCAAACACAAAGCUGCUCAGUUUUGCCCUCGUUGUCUAGACCUGAAAAUACAGUUCCUUUCCAUUCCGCAUUAUGGUCUGCUUGUAACACAGCCAGGAGGUGCUUCCUUGCAAAGUGAGGAGUAUUUUUUCCGAAGAAUAGUUUGCUUGGAAGUAUCGUGUCCUCGGGGGUGCCGAGAAAAUGCCUCGUGAUUACAAUAUGGAUUGUUCUCGGAGAGGCUGAAUGUAACCUAAGAGUUUAUGUAAAAGAUUUGUAUCAUCGCAGCCAGAAAUCUUUAUUAUAGAUUAAUAGCCAUUGUAAGUAGUGCCAUGGGUCUGUAAACACAUACCUUCAUGUUUAUAUUUACCCUUGCCCUCACAUAUGAUGUGGGCCAUAUUCCAUUGUUAGGACAGCCAUAAACCACUUACUAGUGUAGAUUCUAAUUCAAAAAUUAGCAAUGCUGCUCAGAACUAUGCAUCUUAGAACAUUUUAGAAUCUGGCCAGAAAUUUACAACCAGUAAAGUUAUUUUUUUAAAUAGAAUUUGCAGUUUGGGGGCGCCUGGGUGGCUCAGUCGGUUGAGCGUCCGACUUCCGCUCAGGUCACGAUCUCGCGGUCCGUGAGUUCGAGCCCCGCAUCGGGCUCUGGGCUGAUGGCUCAGAGCCUGGAGCCUGUUUCACAUUCUGUGUCUCCCUCUCUCUCUGACCCUCCCCCGUUCAUGCUCUGUCUCUCUCUGUCUCAAAAAUAAAUAAACGUUAAAAAAAAAAAAAUUUAAAAAAAAAAAAAAAAAGAAUUUGCAGUUUGUUAUCUUUUUCCCAGCCUGUGACCUUUAAAGCAGCCCCGGAUUGCUCUUAAGAAUUCUGAGUGUACAAAAACUUUCCUCCCUCCCCUCUCCUUCCCGUGACUCCCCUGACAUGUUACAUAUUUGUUUUUCAUGUGGUAUCUGUCUGCCCCCAUGAGACCAGAAGCUGUAUGAGACCAGACUUUCUCUUACUCAUUGCUGUAUCCUCAGCAGAAAAUAAUUAUCUAAUGUGUGAAAUCUACAGUUUGAACCACGUGGGUGUCUCUGACAAUGUUUGUAUGUUUGUUGAGUUUGUUGGAAGGUCAUAGCCACGUUUUCAGUGUUUCUUUGCAGUAAACUUGCAUCCUUUAUUCAUGUUUUUGUCUUUAAACCCUGUUACUGUGAACAAUUCUAUAUAAUAAACACUGGGGCCAGAAAUCUUCAA